UAAUGGCUUGUCUGACAAAAAAUGUAAUUAGGGCGUAAGUCAAUCCUGCCGCUGAUUGGUACAUGCCUACAUGGUAAUUGAAUUUGCUAGUACAAUUCGCUCGUUACGAGUUUGCAAGUACCAUAUGCUUUAGCUUAGCCGACUCCUUUUCCUAUAAAUAUCUCCAAUUAGGCUAUGUAAAUUGUAUAGGCACUUCAUCAGCUUUAGCAAUAUGGGAUCAUCAAACCCAGAAGAUUUUAGCAGCUCUGAUUCUUCAAUGAUUAGUGUUCAGGAGCUUGUCAAAGGACCAACAAAAUCUAUCCCACAACAAUUUGUUCGUUUAAAUCAAGAACAUCCUUCCCUCUCUGUCACCACUCCUUUGCCAUCAACCCCAACCAUUGACAUGUCUCGUUUGGUUUCUGGAGACGACCAUGAACUUGAACUCCAGAAGUUGCACUCAACUUGCAUAGACUGGGGUCUGUUUCAGCUGGUGAACCAUGGAGUUAGCUCUUCACUGCUGGAGAAACUGAAACAUGAGGUUGAAGAAUUUUUUAAGCUUCCUUUGGAAGAAAAAAUGAAAUACAAGAUAAGGGAAGGUGAGUUGGAAGGAUAUGGGAGCAGGAUCAGAGGAGAUGGAAAACGUGAUUGGGUUGACAGUAUCAAUAUAAUUACUAACCCACUCCAUAGACGUAGUCCUCGUCUCUUCCCUGAGCUCCCUUCAUCCUUAAGAAAUACCUUGGAGUCUUACUUAUCUGAACUCAAAAAGCUUGCCACAAAACUUUUCGUUUUGAUGGCAAAAGCUUUGAAAAUUGAUGAAAAGGAGAUGAUAGAGUUGUUUGAUGAUGGGUUUCAAGCAGUGAGGAUGGCAUAUUAUCCUCCAUGUCCAAAACCAGAGUCGGUGAUGGGCCUUGUUCCUCAUUCAGAUAUAAGUCUUCUCACUAUCCUGCUCCAAGUUAAUGGAGUCGACGGCCUUCAGAUUAGGAAAGAUGGCCUUUGGUUUCCUUUGAACGUCAUCCCAGAUGCCUUUGUAGUCAAUGUAGGAGACACUUUGGAGAUCUUUAGCAAUGGGGUUUAUCACAGCAUUGAGCACAAGGUUUCAACCAAUACAGAGACAGAAAGAAUAACCGUUGCCUUCUUCUUCAGUCCCAAAUUGGAGGCCGACAUAGGGCCGUCACCUACUCUCAUAAAUCCAAAUAACCCUCCAUUAUUUAGAAAGGUGGGGAUGGAGCAAUACCUCAAAGAUUACUUUUCUCUUAAGCCCAAUGGAAAAGCAUAUCUGGACCAUAUGAGGAUUCCAAAUGGACAACAUCAACACAACUCUGCUUGA